AGAAACAGUUCUUGAUUUCCUCUUUACUGGGAAACACCCUCAUGCUUGCUAUAGAUGGGUCUUGAUUCACUAACAAAUAAAAACAAACCUUCUCAGAGGACAGGAAAUGAUGGUUAAGAGCAGAUGUAGAGUUGGGCUGUUACCUCAGUAACUAACCUGCUGCAAAAAACACACACUCACCACAGUGACGAGCAGGGGACAACAUGGACGAGCUCGAUUUGCUGUUGGAGGAACUUGCACUGAAUUCAACAGUUACAGAGAGAGUCGAUGGUCCAUCUGGUGGGGAGGCAACAGGUGCAGAUUAUGCCGGACUUAACAAGAAAGGAAAUGUCUCAGUCUGCUCGAAUGUCUACAGUGAUCUGCCGGCUCCUGUGGCUGCUUCUGCAAACUCCAGUUCAACCACUACAGAGCUGGACUCCAUCUUGCAAGAUCUGAUGGGUCUGGGACAAGGGGAUCCAGUGAGUUCAACCACCCCACCGCCACUUACACAGAAACAGUCUGUAAAAAGGGAAACAGGAGGUGGCCAACCCGAGAACAAAGAGAGCAGCAACACAGCAGGUUCAGAUGCAAAGACGACAGACAAGAAAACAGAUGCUAUAGAUGACCUGCUAGGAGGCCUGAGCUCUGACUUGGAGAAGAUUGGCGUACGCACCACAACCAAGGGCCACUGUGCUUCUUGCAACAAAAGCAUUGUGGGAAAGAUGAUCACGGCGUUGGGUGAAGUGUGGCACCCUGAACACUUUGUGUGUAUGGUGUGUAAAGAGGAGCUGAGCACCACAGGCUUCUUUGAGAGAGAUGGACGGCCGUACUGUGACAGAGACUACCAUCAGCUCUUCUCUCCUCGUUGUGCCUACUGCAAGGGGCCCAUUACACAUAAUAUCCUGACAGCUCUGGACCAGACCUGGCACCCUGAGCACUUCUUCUGUGCUCACUGUGGAGGCCUGUUUGGAUCUGAAGGUUUCAUCGAAAAAGAUGGGAAGCCAUAUUGCAACAAGGACUUCUACAGUCUCUUUGCUCCAAAGUGCUCAGGCUGUGGGGAGUCAGUGAGGGAGAACUACCUGACUGCAGCCAAUGGCACCUGGCAUUCAGAGUGCUUCGUCUGCUCAGACUGUCUGAAGCCCUUCACUGGUGGUUGUUUCAUGGAGUUGGAUGGUAGACCCCUCUGUUCACUGCACUUCCACUCUCGGCAGGGCACUCUUUGUGGAAGCUGCAGCGAGCCCAUCACGGGCCGCUGCAUCUCCGCUCUCAAUCGCAAGUUUCACCCCGAACACUUUGUGUGUGCCUUCUGUCUACGGCAGCUCAGCCAAGGCAUCUUCAAGGAGCAGAAAGGGAAGCCAUACUGCUCGGCUUGCUUUGACAAACUCUUUGUGUGAAUAACGCCUCAGGCACUAGUCAAAUGCUGCAUCAUCGUCUUUGUGGAGAGAAUAAUCUGCUCAUGUGUUAAAAUAUGUCAACUGUACUAUUCUUACAUUACAUUACAGGUCUGUGUUUAAGUUGAAAUGUAAGAAGUCUUUCAUUGUAUAAUUGUAAGUCUUGCCAAUAAAUGUUUCCAUUUUAAGUGCUUCAUGGACUGAGGUACUUGACAUUUUAAAUGAUUUUGGAAUUGAAUUAAAAAUUAAGAGUGUGUAACCAAUGUGACACAAAUUAUGAAUAGAUUGUGUUGAAAUAUCAAGGGGAAAAACAUACAUACAAUAACAUUGCUACAUAAUUAAUUACACACGCUGUAAAACACAAGCAACACACUUAUUUGCUGGAAUAAAAACAAUGAUGAAACUUUC